AUGGACACACUGCGUCAUAGAGCUGUGCUGAAGUGCCCGGUAACGAUCCAGGGCGACUUUAAGCCGCCUGCAUCGCCGGCAGGCAUGUCCCAUUUUGAUUUGUGGGUCAAGAUUAUCGAGAAUUAUUCCUGUCGUUCACUCACUCAAGCUACUGAUACGCUACCUGCACUUUCCGGGCUCGCUAAUGAGUUUUGCCGUGCGACGGGCGAUACGUACGUGGCGGGCCUUUGGAAAGGGACUUGCUUCGAGGAUUAUGUUGGACUCGAACCCCAGGUCGAGCUUGCUCACCAGGAUCCGUUCGGGGCCGUUCGUGGCGGGACUCUGACUCUUCGCGGACCUCUACUUCGACUAGGCACAUUAGAGUCGCUCAACUCGGCCAAGUCUUACCCUAGGCUACUGGCUGAAGUAUCUCCGUUGAUACAGGAUCUUGUGGUAAACGGCUAUGGUGCCCAGGCACACGAUCAGCAGCUUAGCCUAUUUAAGCUCCUCAAAUGGCGAGAAUCUAGCAAUAAGACCGAGCGAGUAUGCAUGUUGAUACUCCUGGCAGUUGAUGAACACCGCUGGAGGAGAGUCAAUCUACUUGUUCUUAAGACCAAGUCACUGGGGGAUUAG